AUGAUUCAAUCAAAGCAUCUUAAAAAACCUUUCAACUUGGAAACUGCAAAUCGGAUCAAUGAAUUACCUGACAAACUUCUCUGUCAUAUUCUUGCAUUUCUCCCAACAAGAUGUGCUGUUGCUACAAGCAUACUAUCAAAGAGAUGGAUGUAUGUUUGGACUGACGUUCCUGUCCUUGAUUUCAUGGAUCUUCCAUCUUCUAUGACAAGCUCAGACAUCAACUUCAAUGAAAUACAGUUUGUUAGAUUUAAGAACUAUGUUAACAGGUUUUUACUCCUUAAUGGAUCCCCUUGUCUAGAACGCGUCCAUUUUGAGGCCUACAAGGGGUUUCUCCCUAUACAUGUCUAUGAAUGGAUGCUUGUUAUAGCUAGGCGUUGCGUUCUUGAGCUUUGUGUUAUAUCUAAGCAUUUUUCUGUCAAGAUACCCUCAAACUUCUUUGUUGAUAAAGAAAAGUUAACUGUCCUAAAACUAGAAGGCCCAUUUGAGCUCGACAUGCUGGCUUCAUUUGAUCUUCCAUGUCUUCAGAUCCUUUCUCUUAGUGAAGUUGUGUUUUUGAACAAGGAUGAUCCUUUGUCCAGCAUCUUAUCCAGUAGUGAAGUCCUUAAAGAACUGAAUAUUGAUCGUUGCAAGGGACUUAAAGAGAUUUCAGUUAGUUCCUCUUCACUCAAAACACUGAGA